GGAAAAAAAAAUCAAGAAAUAGAAAAUAAUCCAUAUUAAUACAGAUGACCAAUGAACCAAAACUCUUGUGCCCUCCUAUGAAAUUGGAGUUUCCAUUGAUCUCUCUCCCUCUCUCCUCACUUUCUCUCUCUAUAUCCCAAAAAGGACUCCUCACGAGAGCGGAAUUCCUCCUAUAUGGCAUUUCUCCUUCUCCUCACAAUCCCCUUUUCUUUCUCCGAGGACAGCUCUUCAAUUCCAUUACCAAUCCACAUUCGCUUUAAUUGACGAGUUGUUUUUUUAUUGGAAGGAGGAAGAAAAAAAAAUUAGAAAAAAAAAAUUUAAUCUUGAAGGGUAUUAUUUAGGAAUCCACAAUUCCGGCGGUGGGGGAUCUCAUUCCUCCGGGCAAAUUUGUGGGGAAAGAGAUGCCGAUCGCUGUGAAGAAGGAGGAGGAUGCCUUUAGGAGAUCCUCUAAUUCGCUGAGCUUCAAAAAGCUUGUUCCCAAGGUUCUGCGCAGCACUUCCAUGAAGAACCUCUUCAAAUCGAAGAAACCUAGAACUCCUCUUGAGGUUGUCGCCGCCACCACGGAAUUGCUCCUCUACAUCGAUUCCGCUGCUGAUGAUUCCUCCCAGAAACGCAAUGACAAGUUGGAACAAUUAGAUGUCUGUAUCAGAGAGCUGAAAUCAAUCCUAUACGGCAUUGACGAGUCCGAACCUGCUCCAGAAGCUUGUGCUCAACUGGCUCAGGAAUUCUUCAAGAACGAUACUAUGCGCCUCCUCAUUAUCUGUCUCCCAAAGUUGAACUUUGAGGCUCGUAAAGAUGCCACUCGUGUCGUAGCAAAUUUGCAAAGGCAAUGUGGUGUGUCAAAAUCGCUUGCUUCUGAGUACUUGGAAGCCAAUCUUGAUCUUAUGGAUUUGUUGGUUACUGGGUACGAUGAUCCUCUAAAUGCUUUGCAUUUUGGUGGAAUGUUGAAGGAGUGCAUACGACAUCAGGUUGUUGCUGGGUACGUCUUGAAGUCGGAGCAUAUGAAGAAGUUCUUUGAUUACAUCCAACUUCCAAAUUUCGAUGUUGCUUCGGAUGCUGCUGCUACCUUUAAGGAGUUAAUGACACGGCACAAGUCCACGGUUGCAAAGUUUCUGACAGAAAAUUAUAAUUGGUUCUUUACGGAUUUCAACUCGAAGUUGCUCCAAUCUGCAAAUUACAUGACCAGAAGACAUGCUGUCAAGCUCCUUGGAGAUAUUUUGCUCGAUCGAUCAAAUUCUGGUAUUAUGGUACGAUAUGUCAGCUCAAUGGACAACAUGAGAGUUCUGAUGAAUCUUCUGAGGGAAUCACACAAGACCAUCCAGAUUGACGCGUUCCAUGUGUUCAAGCUUUUUGUGGCUAAUGAGAACAAGCCUAAUGAUAUCAUCAACAUACUGUGUGCCAAUAGGAGCAAACUUCUUCGGUUUUUCGACGGCUUCAACGUCGAUAAAGAAGAUGAAAUGUUUGAGGCAGACAAAGCGCAGAUAAUGAAAGAGAUAGCUGAACUCGUACCGACAACUCCGAUGAACUGCUCCGGAGAAUUGUUCAAACCGAUGAUAGUUUAAGUUGCAGCUGUGUUCUAUAUAUUCUCUGCAAAUAUGUUUUUUUUCUAUUAAUUAUCCAUAAAAAAAUAUAUAUAUAUGGAAGUGAGAAUUGCUAGUUAUCUGCCUUUCAAUUCCUUUCAAUAUUUAUAGUUAGUUGAUUUGCUACUUUCUCAAAAUUGCUUCCACAGUAUUUCACAAAUUAUUAUUUAACCUAAAGUUUUGUGUAUUUUAUUUUUCA